UCCACCAACAUGGCGUCUCAGCAAGGAGAAGUCGAUGAACUGUUUGAUGUGAAGAAUGCUUUCUACAUUGGCAGUUAUCAACAUUGCAUUAACGAAGCACAAAAAGUAAAGCCAUCCAGUCCGGAGAAAGAAACAGAGAGGGAUAUAUUCCUGUACAGAUCGUACAUUGCUCAGAGAAAAUAUGGUGUCAUUUUGGAUGACAUAAAACCAAGUUCCUCAGAGGAGCUGCAGGCAGUGAAGAUGUUUGCAGACUACCUUUCCAACGAAGGCAAAAGAGACGCAAUUGUUGCUGAGCUCGACAAGAAAAUGUCUAAGAGCGUGGACGUGGCUAACACAACCUUCCUGCUGAUGGCAGCCUCCAUUUACCUGCAUGAGGCCAACACUGACGCUGCCCUCCGCACCCUCCAUCAGGGGGACAGUCUAGAGUGCAUGGCAAUGACAAUACAGAUCCUGCUUCAACUCGACAGAGUCGAUCUGGCAAGGAAAGAGCUGAAAAAAAUGCAGGAGCAGGAUGAAGACGCCACUUUGACCCAGCUCUCUACAGCAUGGGUCAACCUGUCUGUGGGAGGAGAGAAACUGCAGGAUGCAUUCUACAUUUUUCAGGAGAUGUCAGACAAGUACUCCCCAACGCUGCUUCUGCUGAAUGGCCAGGCCGCCUGUCACAUGGCCCAGAACAAAUGGGAGGAGGCGGAGUCAGUGCUCCAGGAUGCCCUGGACAAAGACAGCAGCCACCCUGAGACACUCAUCAACCUGAUCGUGCUCACUCAGCAUUUGGGCAAACCUCCAGAGGUCACAAAUCGCUAUUUGUCUCAGCUUAAAGAUGCUCACAAAACACACCCUUUUCUUAAAGAAUAUAUUGCCAAGGAAAAUGAAUUUGACAGACUUACAAUGCAGUAUGCUCCCAGUGCUUGAGAACAGGGAGUAUUCUGUUUUGGACCUUUUUCCCUGGAAUACUUUUUAUCAAAACAACCCAUUUACUUAAAAAUAUUUUCUCAACACCGCUGUUCAAAAGUGUAUAACCAGUUAAGUUUCUUUGGUUCCUUUUUUAUUAAUUGCAUUGUUUCAAAUUGACUUGUCAGAUUUCCUCGGACAUUCCUGUAGAUGGUCAAAUAAAUGUUGAUGUACUAUAUGAGAAA